CGCGAGGGCCGUCGUUGGCCAGGCCGUACUUCUACAGUAGUGGCUGCCGGCUUUGUGAUGCCAGUAAGCGCUCCCUUUACCCAGAAAACUUUACAAAAGAUACGAAAAGGAAAAUAAACAAGAUACUCUGGCAAAUCAGGAAACGAUCAAGACUAAAACGGAUAUUUUCUUGGUGAGCAAGACAUCAUCUGAUCAACAAUUUUUGAAGGUGGACACAAACUGUCAAGAUGGUUGUUGGGUCAUGCGCCGUUUGCGGGUGUCCAGCUAGUCUGAGGUGCAGCAAGUGUCACCUCACUAUCUACUGUGGCAAGGAUCACCAAAAACAGCACUGGAAAAUACAUCGCAACGAAUGCAGUCCCUACAGGGUGUGUUACUCCGAAGAAUUAGGGCGAUACUUGGAGGCUACACGGGACAUCCUGCCAGGCGAAGUUAUUCUGAAAGAUUCUCCUUUAGUACUUGGUCCUCGUCAGGUAACGAUGCCUGUGUGCUUGGGAUGCUUCACCCCCGUCGCCGGCACAUACUCUUGUUCAGCAUGCGGCUGGCCCAUGUGUGGUCCUGAUUGCCAAGAAAGCGAUCUCCACAAGCCAGAAUGUCAGCUCUCGAGAAACAGAACAUCCAAGGUGCAAGUGCACAAGUUUAUGCAGGUGAAUCAGAUGUAUGAGUGUAUCACGCCCCUGCGGUGUUUAUGGCUCAAAGAAAACGACCCUGCCAAGUGGACCACCCUCAACCAGAUGGAGUCCCAUCUGGAGAAGCGCUGCAACACCAGCGUCCACGAGCUGAACCAAGUCAAUGUGGUGGACUUCAUGAAGCAAUACCUUAAGAUUACUGUAUAUGAAGAAGAAAUUCACAAACUGUGUGGCAUCAUUGACGUCAAUGGUUUUGAGAUCCCGGGACCGAAUAUUAUAGGCCUUUAUGGAAAAGCGUGCCUAUUUGAACACAAUUGUAUUCCCAACACAACGCGAACUUUUGAUAUUCAGCUCAACCUUAUAGUAAGGGCAGCGGUAAAAAUCCCUAAAGGCAGCCAUAUUAGCACUUCUUACACAGACCCGAUGUGGGGAACAGCAAACAGACAGCUGCAUCUCACAACAACCAAGUAUUUUACUUGUUCAUGUGAUCGGUGCCUUGACCCUACAGAGCUUGGGACGCACCUUAGCAGUUUGCAGUGCCCCAAAUGUAUCACCGGACUAGUUUUGCCUUCUCCUACGCCUUUUAAACCUGACAGCUGGAUAUGUAGCUCCUGUUCUGCCACAAUGAGCGUGGAUCAUGUGGAACAGUUCCUUAAGCAAUUGGGUGAAAAACUAAUAACACUAAAAAAUAAUUCAUUGAAUACAUCAGAGGCUUUCCUAAAAGCAACAACAACUAAGCUGAGUGAAAAUCAUUACUAUAGAAGCGAUGUAAAAUUAGCCAUGGCGCAGUUAUACGGCCACGGAGGAGGUCAGCAACAGCAGCAACAGCAGGACCUGAGUGAUCUUUCCAAAGACCUUCUAGAGAGGAAGGAGACUCUUUGCCGCGAAGUAUUAGCGAUAGCGAACAUAUUUUCACCAGGGGAAACCAAGCUUCGAGGGCUCCUUCUGUAUGAACUACAAGCAACUUGCCGAGAGAAAUAUCGAAGACUUCCGAAAAAAAUGAGAAAUGCACAACAAUCUCGGCAGUUGCUCCAGAAGUGCGCUGAUUGGUUGAAGGAGGCAAGUAUCAUCCUUCAGCGCGAGUCACCCCUCCUGGAUGAAUACCACUUAGGAAUGCAGGCCGAGUCAGAUCUAGACAGCAUACUAGGUAUCAUUUCAAGACUCCGGUAAUUUGAGUCCUGGGUCUGAAAAGGACGCAUUGGAAAUGAAUGUAAAGAAAAAAACUUAAAGAAAACAUAACGAUGAUAAAACUAAAAUGAUUAAAAAAUAGUCAGAUGAACAUCGUUAGCUUCUUAUCCAUGGAAAACUUUAAAUAUUAACCCAAUAUAUUAAUUUACAUCGCUGGAUCCCUACUUUUAUAAUUAGCCAUUUCUCUAGAUCUGUCUAUCUUUGCAAUAUUCAUCUCUCUCUCUCUCUCUCUCUCUCUCUCUCUCUCUCUCUCUCACACACACAUUAGUCUAACCUCAGUAGUAGGUAAGCUACUCAAGAGCGCAGAGACAAUUGUGAAUCACCUUGAAAAUCCCCCAAUAAAUGAGGUUUCACAAAAUGGCUUUCGUUACAAAAAAAUCCUCUUUGUCUAACCUACUGACCUUUUAUUUCGACCUCUUCGCAGUUUAUGACGUAACGAAAUCUCUGAACGUUUCUAUCUUGAUAUUUAAAAACCGUUAAAUAAAGUUCCACACCCAAAAUUACUUUAUAAAAUCAGGUAAAGUAGGCUACACCACCGGAUCGUGAAUUAGUUAAGCAACAGAAAACAAAGUGUGGCGAUUGAAGUUGCCUCAGAGUGGACACCAGUCACUAGUGGUGUCCAUCAACAUCAGGGGUCGAAUUCACAAAAGCUUAGUUCGUAGUUUUGAGAACAUUGAGAUUCAUAAAGCUCGUGCGGUGAUAACUGCCAACUAAUCGAUGACGUCACGGGUUAGCGCGCGGAUUUACAAAGCUUAACCGAGCUCUGUGUGACGCUAAAUAUGUUGUUAAAUAACUACUGCCUCGGGGGUGUAGUAAACGCAAACAAUAUUAUCAUAUUUACGUGUAAAUGCUUAUAAAUCGCGUUUUUCAACUUGAAAUAUAACUUUGCGAGUAGAGGAAAGGGUGAUCAUAAUACAGAUAAUAUAUAAAUUACAAACCUAACCUUUACAAAAAAGAGCUAAUAUGUAAAACUAGACACAGCUGAAGAUAAAAAGGAAUUCUUAUAGGGCUUCUUUUACAUGGGAUAGAGGUAACACAUUUGCAAAGAUUGCCUGAUCUAAAGAAAUAUAUUUACAAAUUCCCAAGUAUUCAACAAGUGCCUAACUAAGCGAAGAGUAAUCGGCACGUGCCCGUUGUGCCCUGGCUCUGCAGGAGAGUGAAAAAUUACAUCAGACACCGAAAAAAAAAAAAUCUUGCCUGAGCAUCCCGUCCACCUCCGCAUUGUAAAGCCCAAGGAACCAUAGAGGAGGAUUUGUUUUAAAGUUUGGAGGACAGCGUCCAGAGCUAUCUAGCGGCGGCCGGCUUCGCUCCCCAGCUCUCUAGCUUUUUAGGGGUAUCUUAAAUAUAUUUUAUGUUUUCUCAAUUCAUGGGUAUUUCAAAUAUUUUAGUUAACCUAAUAUUCUUUGGAGGGGGGCCCGGGCCAUCUAGCUCCCCACCCCCGUAUCCGCCCCUGCAUAUGCCUACAGCCGACGACACAUUCCGUAUUAUAGUUGCAGCACAUUAUAAGCGAGUCAGUUAUUAUAUUUUUUAAUUUUUUAAUUUUUUUUACGUCGCGGCCUAUUGCACCGGUAGGCUUCUUCCCGUUCGGGCCUGAUGGUCGGCCCAAGGCUUCUUCCCGGUGGGGCCUGAUGGUCGCCCCAGCCCGUUCUGGCGCAGGCGAGUGUUUAUAGUGGGGCCAUCUUGCAUUGGCUCAUGCUGCCCUUAUCAACCCGGACUUUAGCGAAAGUCUCUAAAGAGAACCAAAUGGAGCUCCAGGGGGCAGCAUGAGCCAGACAAGGAGGAGCAAGUAUAAAACACUUGCACCACCAAUGGGUUGGGACCGACCAUCAAACCCCCUCAGAAAAGCCCACAGGUUCUAUAGGCAAAACGUAAAGAAUGAAAGGUUGGCAGUAAUAUAAAACGAUCCGAAAGAAGAUUAUUAGUUACUGCUACUAGUGCAAAUUUCCUAGGUUUAUUUUGUUUGACUCUGACAGAGGACGCCACUAACGCUUUACCACUGGAUCACAUAUCUAUGUGACAAUGGAUGAAGCUUAGUGAUGUAAAUGCAUAACCUCCUAACAUUGUUAACAUUGCCAAUAUUUGUACUUGGAAAGGAGUGUCGCCAUUAGCCUAGUUAAUGAAUUUUAAUCUCACCAACCUCUGUGACUGAACUCUCCACGAGCUAGCAAUGCUGCAUCAGCUAUUCACACAGUCCAUACAUGUACUUUCAUUCUGUACAGAUUUUGUUGAAUAAAUUUUACUAUUUCUAAAGUUAAUAAUCCGGAAUGGGAUCUUUUUGUAAGCCUCCGAAAAAAAAAUCAUCGUGCAUGCAAAGCCAACUUUUACACUCAAAGUGCAUUUCGUUAAUUUUGUAUGAUGUUUGGUUUCUGUUGUAUGAAUAAUACGAUGUUCUUUCCUGGUUACUAAUAAUAUAUAAACUUGGAUAGUGUACUACCCGUAUAUAACAAACAAAUCUAAAUAAUUUUAAUACAUGAGUUUUACUCUUUUCUUCUAUAUUUAAAUCUUAAGUGUCUAUUCCAUUCUGGUUAUGCAUAUUUACUAGUUUACUUUAAUAAUAUUUAUCAAGAAAACAACAAUAGUCAGUAGCUAAGAGUUUAUUUUAUCUAAUGAUAAAACCUUUGAGGUGUGACAAAAUAUCUAUUACAAAUUAGCAGUUAAGUAGACAUAAAAUCGAGGUGCAUGAUAAAUCAAACAGGGCAUAAAAGGAAAUAAAUAUUUUUCAUUGUAAGGUAAUUCAAACUAAAAAUAUUGAGAUUCCCAUUAAAACAAGACAAUAAUAAAAAUAUUUUCUGAAAUCUGUACAGAAAUGAAUAAUUUCACAUCAACAUUGUUAUCUUGGAGGAAGAUCGAUGUAUGAAAUUCUUAAGGCAUUAUGCGAUAUCCAGUGGUAGUCCAUGACAAACACUAGAGGCAUCAAAGUACACUGUCAUCUUAAAAAAAUACAUUAGAUCUGAAAAUAAUUAUUUAAAAAAUUAUAUUCAUCAGGUUUUAAUAAAAUAUUUUUAGAUUUGGAACAAUAAAAAAAAAAAAAAAAAAAAAAUCAGCAAUUAUGUUCAGUAUUCUUAAAAGUAUUUGCCUAACUCUAUAUAAAAUAAUAUCUAGUAAGCAAAACCUGUUCAUGUGAUGUAUAAAGUGUUAAGAAUGUGUUAAAAAAUCAAUGUGCAAUCACUCAAAUAGUAUAUUAGUAAAAUAUGUACAUAUUUGAAAAGUACUAGCCUGCUACGAACUUUUCAAAAUCUGCUUGAUAAGUACAUAAAGAUACUGUAGUUUUGAAGAAGAUAUCUAUAACUAAAGAAAUUUGUCUUUUAACUUCUGUGGGAUUUGCUACGACAAAUGCAUGUUACUACGAAUUAUACUAUAACGAACGUUUUGUUUAUAUGAGAUUAAGACUACAACGAACAAGGAUAUUACAAUGAAUGCAGAGGAAUAUCGGCCGCGCCACCCCUUGAGUCCGUAAAGUAUAAGCCUUGUGUCUCCAGAAUUUAAUGUCUGAGGUUCGGUGAUAUGGUUACAUUUAUUAUUGUUUUCGCAUUUAAAUCCUUUUUUUUUUUUUUUUUUGUA